CUAUGGGAAGGAUGGGAACGUGCUGCGGAUGGAGUGUAGAAUUACACACACCACGGAGUAUGGUGCAAUGUGUGCGUCCUCAUAGCUGAUGAUCACACCCAGUCCCCACCUACCCACUCAGGACACGGUGUAUGGCUAGGCAGCUCUCUGUGUGACUGUAAGGGGCUGUAUCCUGAGGCUGAGUCGGGGCUUGGCUUACCAUCACGUCCUGUGCUUCCCCUCUGCCAGUGCAUACUCAUUAAGACUAGAGCCCAAACAUUUUACUAGAGAGAGCUGCAGAGCCAGUCCUAGGAGAGGGUGCCCAGGACAUAGUACAGAGGAUUAUCUACAGCAGGUCUCUAUAGAACUGGACAGUAAUUUGAAGUUCAUCCCCAAGGGACACAAUGCAGGCGGGAAUAGCUUCUUUCCUCCUAAUGGUCAGCACAUGUUGGUGCCUACCUUUCUAUAAUGGUUUCUACUAUGACCACAUCCUAAAUAACAGUUCUGGCAAUGGGAACGGAGAAGUGAUUCAGUUCAAUGGUGUGAAGCUUGUGGUUACUACACCAGAGGAUUCCCUCUUUGGUUACCGUGGCGGUAACAUCACUCUACCAUGCUCAUUUCACUAUGAGCCAAAGUUACAGUCACCAAGAAGGAUCCGCAUCAAGUGGUCCAAACUACACAAAGAUAACACCAGGGAGAGGGAUGUGCUGGUGGCUAUUGGCUUAAGGCACCGUAGUUUUGGUGAAUACAAAGGCCGAGUUCACUUGCGCCAAAACACCCCAAAUGAGGUGUCCCUUGUCAUUAAUGAUUUACGUCUGGAGGAUUACGGAAAGUACAAGUGUGAAAUCAUUGAUGGGCUUGAAGAUGAAAGCGGAAUAGUGGAAUUGGAAUUAAGAGGUGUUGUCUAUCCGUAUCAGCCUCAUCAUGGAAGGUACCAGCUCAACUACCACGACGCAAAGAAAGCCUGUGAAGAACAAGACGCCAUGAUGGCUUCAUUUGAGCAGCUGUUUGCAGCUUGGGAAGAGGGUCUAGAUUGGUGCAAUGCUGGCUGGGUAAUGGAUGGUACUGUCCAGUACCCCAUUACCUUACCCAGGGAACCCUGCGGUGGGAAGGAGAUGGCACCUGGUGUUAGGAACUAUGGAGAGCGCCACAAACACUUGCACAGAUAUGAUGUUUUCUGUUUUUCUUCUGCACUGAAAGGUAGAGUGUACUUUCUCCAGCAUCCUGACAAGCUGACAUUUGCAGAGGCCAGAGAAGCCUGCAUUCAGGAUGGCGCUCAAAUUGCCAAGGUCGGCCAGCUCUUUGCUGCGUGGAAGUUUGUAGACUUGGACCGCUGCGACGCUGGAUGGCUGGAUGAUGGCAGCAUCAGAUAUCCAAUUGCUUUCCCACGCCCUAACUGUGGACCGCCAGAACCAGGUGUAAGGAGCUUUGGAUUUCCAGUAAAACAUAUGAAAUUUGGAGUCUAUUGCUAUAAGAUGAGUUAAGUACUAUACUGCGCUCUCCAUUGUGAACAUUUACUUUGUGCAGAAUUUGCUCUUGUUCCCUCCGAACAAAAGGUGGUUGUGUGGACAAAGGAUGGAGAAUCUCUGCCAGACAAAUCUAUCUCGCCGCAAUGAACUGUAACAGCAAGGAAUUGCACAUUUAAGCCAUAAGGUUACUGUUAGAUAAACCAGUGAUGCCAUACUGUCAUUAUAUUGUGCUUGUGUCAAAUAUAAGACUAUAUUUCACCAAAAUUAUAUAUUUGAUGCUGUAAAAUAAGGCAAGUGUAAUACUAACCGUGAUUAUACAGUAAAAGGUCCAUUACACAGACUAAAAAUAUCACAGGCAGACAUACAGCAGAACUGGAAGCAUUAUUGUGCAUCAUAAGCUCACUCAUUUAUUUAUGAUGGAUAUAAUAUUGCAGCACAAAACAAUGGCCGGGUGCUGUGAGACGCAGAUAUCUGUAUACAAUGCACAGUAGUAGUGUACGAUACAGAACUGAACUGUAGUUUGCUCCUGCAAUCAUUUAAAUCACCAGCAGGGGGCACAAUGUCAAACUGGAGGAAAGUAUGACUGCUGAGCAACUGCUACGCAGACCACACAAGAUUUGAGAGCCAUCAUUAGGAGUAUUGAAUAUUUAUUUAAACAUAUUCAAGCAUUUAAUACAAUUACUUUUAUGACAAAUAUUAUAGAAUAAAUCCAAGAAACACAUACAUCUCCAUCGCUGCUCAGAGUCUCUGUGUGCAGGCAUUAAAUAUAAGCGUGAAAUAAUGUGCAUUAAUAUUAACGAUCUUGGCUCUUUGCCUUUUUAUCUGCAUUAACACACAUGAAACACAUCAUUCCCAUAUGUGACGGAGUGUGUUAUUAAAUGUAUAUGAUCUUAUUAGACAAUACAAUGUGUCAGUGUUGAUCUGGAUAUUGCAGACCAGUCAACUUGAAAAACGUGGCAUUUUAGCAGAUCUUGUACAGUAAAGGACAUAACUGAGAAUUAAGGAAGACCCGCCUGGAGACGUAUAUACGCUUGUCAGUAGCUGUAUCACGCAGGGAAGCUAUAAAUACGCCUGUCAGUAGCUGUAUCACGUAGGGGAGCUAUAAAUACGCGCUGAUUUUAAAGGAUUUUUUUGGGCAGUGAUGCUGAUGAACUUUGUAAUGCCUUUAACUCCUUGAGUGCUUGGGAUAAAAAACAUAUGCGCAAGGUGAGAUAAAGUGCUGUUGCCGUCAUUUCCAGGCGGUUACAGCAGCAUUCACAGCUAAUUUAAUAAACCCCUUUGUGUUGUGUGCAGCCUUGUCUUCAUACAUACCCAUCAAUGGGGUAAAUUUACUAAGAUGGGAGUUCUGUUUAAGAUGGGAUGUUGUCCAUAGCAACCAGUCAGAUUCCAGGUAUUAUCUUCUAGAAGGUGCUACAUAAAUGAGAAGUAGAAUCUGAUUGGUUGCUAAGGGCAACAGCCCAUCUUAAAUAGAACUCCCAUCUUAGUAAAUUUACCCCAAUGAGUAUGCUUAAAAAAGGUUACACUUGCUUUACCUGUUAUUUCAUUAUGGCUUUGUCAUGGGCUCGGCUCACCCACUGUGCAGCUCAUAUUCUUUUUUUGUGACACCUCAUGAAUGAAUGAACAUAACUAAAUAUAUAUAUAAAGUAAUGUGGGCGCACUAUAGAAAAUACU